GUGUGUCAGGGCCUUCCACGUGUGCCUGACCACGGAGUUGCUUCCCGAAAUGCAGUGUGGACGCAACGUCUACGAUGUGCGGCAGGUGUGCCACGAACAGAACGUGGUGGACUGCUUCGACUUCUCAGCUCCGCAAGCCUUCCUCAACGAUGCACAGGUGCAGAAGGCUUUGGGGGUUCCGGUCGGCCUGGCUUGGCGACCCUGCAACCUGCAGGUGGAUUCUGCGUUCGUGCGCAGCGGUGACUAUAUGAGUUCCACUGAUGGGCUGGUGGCGGAGCUUCUGGAGCGCGGUGUUCCGGUGCUGGCCUACUCCGGGGACACAGAUCUUAUGGUGGACUGGCUGGGAACGAAAGGCUGGAUGGAGAAGCUGGCCUGGCGUGGGCAGGCGGACUGGAUCGCCGCCCCGCUGCGGACCUUCCAUGUACAUAACAAGUCGGCAGGGCGGGAGAAGUCCUACGGCAGCUUUACGUUCCUUCAGGUGUUCGAGUCGGGUCACCUGGUUCCCAAGGAUCAGCCGGAGGUAGCCCUGCGGAUGCUCCAACGGUUUGUGUCCUUGCACUCUGACUGGGCAGCUGCGCCCCCCACAGCGCUGCCGUCGGGCUCCAAAGAUCUGGGCCUUAGAACGCAGUCUCCGGGUCCACGCACGCAAGUGGGCCCGGCUUUUUGGGCUGGGCUCUCGGCGCUCUUGGGGGCCCUUUGCCUGGCAUGGGCUUUGCGCCUCCAGAAGUGGGAGGAGCCCGAAGGGCCAUACUCCCUGAUGACAUAG